UCCACGCUGAUAUUUUGAAGCUCAAUCAUUUUGAACUCUUCGCCCUGACCAUGUGCCACCGUCGUCUGCAUAUUCUAUUGCUCUUGUUGUGCCUCUUCAGCUUUGCUUUGCUCAGCGUGAAUGGCUUGCCCUGGGGGGGACCCUCGUCGAACCAUCAUGCAGCCAGUGGCGGACCCGCCUGGAAUGGCGGCAAUGAGGAGGACCCCCGCAACAUCGUCCUCCACGCGAACGGCAACGGCAAGGCCAACUAUGGCAGCCAAGGCACCAUUCUCCACAAGUGGCGUUACUGAUCGACUCGGGGGCAGAAGUUUUCUAAGAACUAAACUCAUUUAAGACACAAAUUCAAUGUAUGAUCAAAUAAAUAUAAUAGAAAUAUA